GGUGUUUAGAAAGACGAUGGAAAAUGAGGUAGCCAUAUUGUAGUGGAUAACCAAAAAUAUAGCAAGUCAGAGAAGCACAAAACAGGAAUAGCCUAGGUUAAAUUCUUCAAAGAAACGCUCAGUGGGGAGGGAGAUAGUUGAAUUUGUAGCCAUCUAAGACCGGGAAGACACCAUGAGUGGAGGAACCCCUUAUAUCGGGAGCAAAAUCAGCCUAAUAUCGAAGGCCGAGAUUCGUUACGAAGGGAUUCUCUACACUAUUGAUACUGAGAAUUCGACUGUCGCACUUGCAAAAGUUCGCUCUUUUGGCACUGAGGAUCGGCCCACUGAUAGGCCCAUCCCUCCCCGAGAUGAGAUCUUUGAGUACAUCAUCUUCAGAGGCAGUGACAUCAAGGACCUGACUGUAUGUGAGCCGCCUAAGCCAACAUGCUCUCUCCCUCAGGACCCGGCCAUCGUCCAGUCGUCCAUGGGCUCGGCCCCUCCACCUGCUGCUGCUGCUUCAGCGCCAUUCCAGUCGGUGGGCUCCUACGGCCUGUUCAACCGAGCCCCGGUGCCCCCGUACAGCCAGUUCAGCACCAGCCCCCUGGUGUCCCCGCAGUUUGGCGCCGUUGGUGUCGGUAAGAGCCACAGCAGCACGAGGUCUGGAUAUGGAAGAUCAGUCCCCUCCUCCUUUGGGAGUGACACAAGCUCAGCUGCACCCCAGUCUCAGAGCAGUGCUAUUGGCGCUGCUCUCCCCACUGAUUCACGCUCUCUGGGUACCGCUACUACCCUUGUAUCUAAAGUCCGCACUAGCCCCUCUCUGGACCCUCUGAGGAAGAGCCCCACCCUAGAGCAGGCUGUCCAGGCCGGCCCGUCGGCCCCCUCCGCCCCAGCCCCUGGCUUGGGCCGCAGGAGUCCAGCUCCCGGCCGCACGGCCCCCUCGGCUGCAGCCACCGGCCAUGUCCACCAGAAGGCCCAGCAGCAGCACCAUAUCCAGGACGGAGGUGACCCCAGGAGGACCGGUGAGACUGUCAGUGGGGCCCGCAGUAACCAGGCCUGGCCUGCGCCCCGCAACGCACCGAUCUCUCAUCAACACCACACCACUGCUGUAGAUAGGGCUUCCACUGCAGGGCUUAUGCACUCUAUCUUUAGUGCCUCAGCUGGCGGCCCCCCACCUCAGAGGCGUGGUCGUGGGGGCGGACACCGCGGCAGGGGCCACUUCAACGUGCGCCGAGACGGGCCAAUGAAGUUCGAGAAGGACUUUGACUUUGAGAGCGCCAACGCCCAGUUCAACAAGGAGGAGAUUGACAGGGAGUUCCAGAGCAAGCUCAAACUGAAAGAUGAGAAGACUGAGAAGCCGGAGAAGGCAGCGGCGAACGGGGAGGAUAAGGGCGACUCCGGGGUGGAGACAGUGAAUAGCGAGGGCAACGCUGAUGAAGAAGGGGGAGAGGCACUAACGCCUAACGUUUACUAUGACAAGUCCAAGUCUUUCUUCGACAACAUCUCCUGUGAUGACAGCAGAAAAGCUGCAGAAAGAUCUGGAGGAGGCUCUGGUUUCCCACGGGAGCGGAGGCAGACCUGGGCCGAGGAGAGGCGGAUGAACUCUGAGACGUUCGGCAUUCCCCUGCGUGGGGGUCGGGGCCGUGGGGGCUACCGUGGGCGGGGCGGCAUAGGCUUCCGCGGGGGCAGGGGACGCUCGGCCAGCAGAGGGUCCUUCGGCCCCCCCCAAGGAGGCCACGGCUACAGGGGAGGAUACAACCGAACAAGCCAGGGAGGACGGGAGUUCUCGGAGAACUUUGAGUACAGGAAGGAUAACAAGGUGGCUGCGUAGUACAACAGGAGGACGGAUCCACAGAGUUGCAACGCCUCAUGUUUAAAAAUAGUUUUGGUUGCUACUUUUGACUAAAAGAAUGAAGAUGUACUAGCUGUAUAUUUGUCACCAGCACUGGGUUAGACUGCUUGAAUGCAACUUAUUUUCCAUAUCUUUUAACAAUGGAAAUGAUGCAAUAUGUCAAACACAAAUGUCAAGAUCUCUUCAAAACUAUUUCCAGGUGGCUUAAAUUGUGUAUAAAUAUCAUAUUUCAGAGAGAUGUCAGUAUUUUUUGUAUUUUUUUCAGCAAUGAGUUUUGUUUCUUUUUUUCUCCUGAACUUGUAUUUGAUAACAUUCUGUUAGGUGUAGAGGGCUGUAUACUUGAGCCUUCCAACUGAGGAGCACUGACAUAGGUUUAUUUGUUUGGAUAUAUCCUGUUAUGUAACUUCAGCAGCAAAAUAGUCAGUGGGGUCCGUCACAGUUUCUUCCCUGUAUACUACACAUACCAUACCUAUACCUAGUCAGCUAGCCAUCUAUUUAUCCCACUUCUCUAAAUGGCAGAGCUUGUGGUUUUUUGCUCAAUAUUCUCAACUUUUUGUCAAUAUUCUGUUUAAUUUACUUCCAGCUCUUACUUUAGAUGUUGUUUUUAUUAGGGCUUUAUCAGUCUUCUGUUAACGCUAUGGUUUAAACCAACAAGGAUUGAUCUAUAUUGGCUAUUACUCACAUUCUACACCGUAGUGUUUGGAGGAUAGAGAUGGUGCUAGAUGUAAACACUUAGCUUUACUCUUCUGGUUUUGUGAUAUAGUUUAACUCUGGAUGCGUAACUAAGUAUAAGGAAGGAUAGGUCAGAAUUCAUUUUCUUUAUUUUAAAAUGUUCUGUAUAUUGCCCUGUACUCAAGGGCUCCUGGUAUUGUGUGACUAAAGUUGUAUAAUGCUGCUGUUUGCUACAGUUAUUUUUCUAGCGUCAUCGACAAGAGCUAGCUAAAGCAGGCCAUCUAAGUAUGCUUCUUCCUGACAAAUGGGCCAGUUUAUCAUUGGUUACACUUUUGUUUGUAACCUUUCUAUGGAAUUUCCCGAAAUGGUGGUUAUUCACUUUUACCUCAAUUUUGCCAGGCAGUUGCUUCUGAAUUGGUUAACCUCAUCCUGAAUUCCACAUCCUCAUUCCUAUCAAAGAAACAGGAAUGCCAGAAAUAAUUUCAACCACCAACAUUAUUUAGUACUUGAUAUCUGACAGAGAUAAACAAUGUCCUGACUAAGCUCUUGAUUCUAUGCCACUAACUCUGUCCCAUGGCACUGCAUGGUGGUUGAUAGCCUGCUACAGCUACACAAGUGAUGGCAGAAUAAUUACUAAAAGUACUUAGAAUACUAGAACGAAGUGCAUAGCCAUUUGGUUUUAGCAAAAUAGGCAUUAGUUACAUGGCAAUAUCGAAGCUAAAUUUGGAGGAUUUGAAUGAUCGGGCACAAAUUGGGUAAAGGUUGGUUAAUGGGAAGUAAUGAACUUUGACGGAAUAUUGGAAAGGAACACAGUUGCACUUUUACUAUUUAAGUAGUUUUAUAAAGUGGUGUCUUCUGUUAAUUUGUGUGUACUGCAAAUGUAUUCCAGUUCUGCUAACUGGAUGACAAGAUGUUUUAGUCCCAAAUGGCACCCUAUUCCCUAUAUAGUGUGCUACUUGGCUCUGGUCAAAAGUAGUGCACUUUAUAGGGAGUAGGGUCCUAUUUGGGACACUAAGGAUAAUCUUAUCAUGGUAGCUGCACAGUGCUAUUUGGUGAACUAGGGGCUCCUUCAUUUAAAAAUGUACUAGAUUUAUUCAGAAGUAUGGAAAUCGCUAAAUUCGAACGUCUUGUUAAUUUCCAUUGAAGGAUAGUUAUUCCCUGGCAUUGAGGCACUGUAGUGGAAAGUGUUUUUGAUUCUUCCCCCAUUUAAGCUUUUGAAAGCUUCAGGUAACUUAAAAUGAUACCAAACAUCUACAUACAGCCCUCGUCUAAUUUAGAUAGGUUGUGUUUAAGUCCUGCAUAGAAUUGUCUUUUCUCUUCCUAUUAUUUUGGCAAUGUUACACGUUUGUCAUGCAUGUCACCUAUUAUAAUUUGUUCAGAUACUCUGUCAAACUAAUUUGGCACCUUAUCGAGGCAUGCAGAAAAGUAAAUAUAACAUGUCAAAAGAAAAUGUGUUAAAUGGGAUUGGAUAGGGGAUGCUCAAAUUCUCACAAGUGUCUUAGAGGCGUCUUGUCUGGGACGGAGGGUGGUAAGGUAGAAUGGCUAGUGGGAUGGGGUGAAUCUCAACUGUAUUUCCUUGAUUCCUCACGACCUCACGACCUCUCUCCUUGCAUCUUUCUCAAAACACAUUGGGAGAAGAUCAGAGGGGAGGAACCUCAGGUCUUCUGCUCCAGUGUGCUUUGUGAAGAAGCCAAUGAGGGAGGACAUAAGGAAUCAAGGAAAUACAAUUGAGAUGCACCUAUAGGAUCAUGUGCCUACUAGUUCAGGGGGAUGACCGGUCUCCAUUUCAUGUUGGGUUGUAACAAAACAAAUACACAGAACACUGCAUGAGGGUCCUGCUCAUUAGAAGCUGCAAAAUCAUGACCCAAAGCAACAAAGAUACAAUAACUUACUGAAAUGUCUGUGCUGUGGGUAAUUUGUUUGCACUUCAAGAUCUUUAAUAUACAGACUUAAAGGUAAUGUUAUUUGGGUUAUUUUUCCUAAGUCUCUGGCAUCACAGCCACAUGUUUUGUCUCUAAACCCAGCAUGAUGACCGCUCCUGUGGGCCGGUUUUUUUUAUUCAGCGCAUAGAAUUAAACAGUUGUUCAUUA